AUGGUCGAAUUCGGUCUCAACGAAUAUGCCUCGGAUAUGGUGUCGGUACAGAGGGAACUUCCCGAUCUGCGAGAUCACCAGUGUCACAGUGCGGCUAUGAAUUACAAGCUUCCCGAUCCUGCAGCGACGUCGAUCGUGAUCGUGUUCUACAACGAACCAUGGUCGGUGCUGGUGCGCACGGUACACUCAGUGCUAGACCGAUCUCCAUCCCAACUGCUCAGAGAGAUCAUUCUUGUUGACGACUGUUCGAGCUACCCGUAUCUGAAAACGCAGCUAGAGGAAUAUUUUGAACCCUACUCAAAGGUACGAAUCAUCCGAGCUAAAACACGCCUUGGUUUGAUACGAGCACGAAUCCUGGGAGCAAAGAGCGCCUCGUCAGACAUCCUGACCUUCCUAGAUGCCCACGUGGAGUGCACAGCAGGAUGGUUGGAACCGCUACUCGACGUAGUGGCUCGCAACUCAUCGACAGUCGCCGUACCUACGAUAGAUCGCAUCGACGAAAAGGACCUCCGGUAUGAAACGAACGUAUCGUUGUUGUUAGCAGGGGCUUUCGAGUGGGAUCUUAACUUUGGCUGGUGCCAGAGAAGCCAACUCCGAAGGAAGUAUGCGCAUUCAUUCGAACCAUUUCACACACCCGCUAUGGCCGGAGGACUCUUCACCAUCGACCGGAAGUUCUUCGACCGGAUUGGGUGGUACGACGAAGGAUACAUCGUAUAUGGGAUGGAGAACGCCGAACUAUCGAUCAAAGUGUGGAUGUGUGGAGGAGCACUGCUCACGGUGCCUUGUUCCCGCGUCGGUCACAUCCAGAAACACGCGCAUCCAUACCUGUUCAACGUUAAAAAGGACGUAGCUUUGUACAACUCGGUUCGCUUGGCCGAAGUGUGGAUGGACGAGUACAAACAGGUGGUGUUUGACGUGAACGGCAUUCCGCAUUUCUCGCAGGAACGCUUCGGUUCGGUUGAUGAUCGUAAACGCGUCCGGACACGUGCUCAGUGUAGAUCCUUCCAGGACUAUCUUCGGUACGGGUUUCCUGAGAUUACGAGCCCUGCUAUUGAGGGCCAGUUCCGAGGUGAAGUGCGAAAUGUUGCCCUAAGGAAUGAGUCCUGUUUAACGGUGGACGAACAACGGAACGUUCCGUAUAUGGCUGAGUGCGAUGGGCUCGAACAAACGCAGUACUGGAGCCACAGCUUCUAUCAGGACAUCAACUCAUAUAAGAGAUGUCUCGAUUUCACGGGAGUCCAGCUUUUGACUGCCAUUUGCCACCGCCAUCGGCGCAAUCAGGCGUGGAUGUAUGUUAGCGAAACAGGACAAAUUUUUAGCAGUACACACUACAAAUGCCUGGCUGUGGACAAGCGGUCAAAUGUCACGCUUACCAUGGAAAAAUGUGAAGCAACGGAACCCCGCCAGCAGUGGAAUGUUCAACUCGUACAGUAUGAUUUUCUCAAGAAUAGUUAG